CCUCAUCAAAAUUAUACUCUCAAUUAUUGCUUUUGCUGCUUCUUUCCCCUCAAUUAUUGUUUCUUCUUAUCCCUCUCCUCCAGCCACAUCCACAGCAAACCAAAAACUUGUGCAUCGUUCCUACUCGCAGCUGGCAUAGCUAUGGAACCAGCUUUGUUGACUGCUGUGUCUCUCUUCAUGGGUCCGUGGGUGGCUGAUCUCAACAAGAAACUCAAAGAAGUAGUUGGUAUUGAAGGGAGGAUGGCGAAGCUCAGGGAGUUGUCAACAAUUAUCGACGCGGUGAUCCAAGAUGUUGAGGCCUGCUCUGUGAGGGAUGCCACUGCGAAGGACUUGCUAAGGAAGCUCAAAUACUUGGCCUACGACCUGGAGGAUGUUGUGGAUUACUACGACACCGAAACUUUGCGGAAGCAAAGAUCAAAAGCAUAUUCCAGGCCAGUGCGCGAUUUCUUCUCUUCUAAUAAUAAUCAACUUGUAUUUAAGAGUAAGAUAAGUGGCAUGAUAAAAGCAGUAACUGAGAAUCUAGAUUCUAUUUUGCUGCAAAGGUCAAUUCUUCUUAAUUUGCCACAAGGCACUGUCCGGAUGUCACCAAUUGCCUACAGAGAGAUCCACUCGCACAAUAGCUUGGCUGUUAUAGGGAGAGACACAGAGAAGGAGAUGAUUAUCAAGAUGUUAACAGAUGAGGAAGGAAGCAGCAAUGGUACAAUGAAGGUCAUCGCCAUCGUUGGGAUGGGUGGCCUGGGGAAGACUACACUUGCUCGUCAUGUUUUCAAAGAUGAGAGGGUGAAAACUCAUUUUGGAGAGCUUAACAUGUACUGGAAAGUUGUUGGAGAAGAAUUUGAUCCUACAAAGAUAAUGAAAUCUAUUUUUGAACUGGCUACUGGUGCACCGGUCAACAUCUCAGAACCAGAGUUAGUGAAGAGGGAAUUAGAAAAGGCCUUAUUAGAGAAGAGAUUUCUGCUCGUGUUGGAUGAUGUAUGGAAUGAAGAUAAAUCACAGUGGACGGCACUGGAAGCCGCCUUAACAUGUGGGGCAAGAGGAAGUAAAGUUUUAGUGACUACCCGUAGUCGAGAGGUCUCUUCGAUCAUGGGCUCAUUCAAUACCCACCAAAUACAGCAGUUGUCCCGGGAUGAUUGUUUGUCCUUGUUUCGGCGAUUUGCUUUUGGAGACGAAGAACCAAAUAAGAACUUGAUGAAAAUCGGUGAAAAGAUUGUUGAGAAAUGUGGCGGUGUGCCCUUGGCUGCCGUAUCUCUUGGCAGCACGCUCCAUAGCAUUCGAGAUGAAACUUAUUGGUCCUCUGUAUUGAACAGUGAAAUAUGGCAGCUUGGUGAUGAGGGCGAGAAAUUCUUAGCUGUGCUCAAGUUGAGCUACGACGCUCUCCCUCCACGCUCAAAGAAGUGCUUUGCAUUUGCCUCCCUAUUCCCAAAGAACCGUAUGAUGAGCAAAGAUGAGUUGAUUCAGUUGUGGACAGCAAAUGGUUUCGCAUCUUCAGAAGGGAAUUUUGAUGCUGAAACAGUUGGCAACCGCAUCUUUGAUGAUCUAGUACUGAGGGCAUUCUUUCUCUUGGCACCUUCCAAAGAGUGCGAUGAGUGCACAAUGCAUGAUUUGAUGCAUGAGUUGGGACGAUCAGUAGCUGAAGAUGAAUAUCACAAUCGCAAUGAUUAUAAGAAAAAAGAGAAUAUAAAGAUAACGGACCAUUUAUUCAAAAAGCCGUUGUACUUGCGCACCCUAUUAUUGAGAAAUUGUUUUCCAUUUGGGAAAUUCCAGCUGCUUCAGCUCGUCUUCUCAAAAUUAAAAUUCUUGCGGGCGUUAGAUUUGAGCAAAAAUGGCUUCACAGAGGUGCCAACAUCAGUUGGAAAUUUGAUACAUUUGAGGUACCUCAACUUGUCUGAUAAUUGCAUUAAAUUUCUACCUGACGCCAUUACUCUUCUCCAGAAUUUGCAAUAUCUCAAUUUCACUAAGAAUCCCCUUGAAGAGUUACCAAAAAAAUUAAGGAAUAUGCAAAGCCUUCGGUAUCUGGAUUUCGAUCUUUACAAAUUGACUCACAUGCCCCUUGGAUUGUCACGACUGACUAGUCUUCGAAGUUUAUCAUGCUUUGUUAGUGAUGAUAAUAUAACUGGCUCAUGUUCAAUUACCGAACUUGAGGAUUUGAAGCUUCAUGGAAAAAUGAAAAUCAAAUUUUCUGGGAAUUUCAGUAAUUAUUCUUGUGGUGGAAGAAAAAUUUUGAAGAAUAAAGAUUUUAAUGAAUUAUCCUUAUCCUUUAAUUAUUCGGUCACUAAUGACAUGAGCAUGCUGGAUGAUCUUUGCCCCAACACGAGUUUAAAGAAGUUGCAGAUAUCCAAAUAUGGGAGCCAACAAUUUCCAACAUGGUUCAUGAAGUCACAGUUACCAAAUUUGGUUGAAGUAAUUCUCGAAGAUUGCAAAAUUUGUGAGCAUAUUCCUCAUUUUGGAAAUCUCCAAUUUCUUAGAAAGCUUGUCCUAGAUGAUAUAGGUGGCGUGAAACACUUGGGUGCCGAGUUCCAUGGGCACGGCGGCUUUCCUUCCCUCCAAAAACUCGAGUUGCUUUCGAUGUUUGAUUUAGAGGAAUGGUCAGAGUCUGAUAGUGUCGAUGAGUUGUUCCCUCUAUUGAACAAACUGCAGAUUGACGAUUGCCCUAAAUUGGAAACCGUGCCAAGGCUUCCAAGAAUCAAACAACUUGCACUAUUUAAUUGUAGCAAGAGCCUGAUGUCAGGUGUUGGAAGAAUGACUUCUCUUUCUCAUCUCAUACUGGAGGGCAUGAAGGACAUGACAUAUCUCCCAAGUGGCUGCUUAAGAAACCUCACAUCCUUGAUGACAUUGGAAAUUCGAGGGUGCAAUGAACUCCAAUUUCUUCCUUGGGAUGAGAUGCAGCUCCUACCAAAGCUUCACUCAUUGUCCAUCAAGAAAUGUGACAAUCUGUGUCUUAAAAAUCAUGACAGUGACACAUUACAGCUAGAUAUGCUUGUACAAAUCCUGAAUUCAGUGCAUGAAUUCGACAUUCAGAUCCGUGGCAAGAAUGUGAAUUCAUCAUUUUUCUCACAAAAUAAUGUCCAAAGUCAUCAAGGCAUCAUUAAGUAUUUGUUGUUGUGAUGAAUUGGAAUCCUUGAUGACGGCAACACCAUCAACCAGUGUGCUAGAAGAUCUAUUCAUAUAUGAUAUCCCCAAUCUAACGACCUUACCUGAAUGGCUACAACAUCUCAGAUCACAUUGUAAGCUAUCGAUCAAAAACUGCCCCCAAUUAGAAUAUGAUAUUCCAAGGGGUUUACUGGACCUCCGUUAGCUGAAAUUUUUGCUCAUUGAUGAGCGUUGCUUGCAACUGGAAAGAAGAUGCGGAGACCGGAGAAGAUUGGCCGAACAUUUCUUUUGUGCCCACCUAUCCAUAUUCAAGAGCCCAUAUAUAGUGAUCAAGAAAUCUCAAAUCUGUGGACCAUUUGAUAGGUUCUUCAGAGUCGAUCCCACAAGAUCGAGAGGUAAGAUAUAAAUAAUUUGCUUCUUUUUUUUUAUCUACAAUAUGAUUAUUUAUCUAUUUAUUUAAAAAAUAAAGGAGUGUUCAGACAUAAUUAAAAUUGACAGCGAGGAAGCAGACCAAUUCGUUCUACGCACUCUUGGACCGGUUGUUACUUGUUAGGGGUUUUGCUAAAUAUUUCUUUUAAAUUGACUUUGUGCAUAAUUAGAAUUGUUAUAAACAAAAGAUAUGUGAUUAGCUGUGGAAUUAUUUUUAAAAUAAAAUCAUUGUUAAACUUUUCACUACUCUUAUUGCCUCUUGUGAUUAUCAGCAGCCAUUAACCGAUUUGAUUGAAUUGAUGAACUCAAUUGGCUUGACUCUCUCCCAUCAACUGCAUCUCCUUCAUUUGUACUGGGAAAGGGAGCGAGCUUUAAACCAUCGUUGACGGUGCUUUUUUGCUGCAACAAUAUCGAGCAUUUAUUUGUGUGGUGAUUAAUGCACUCUUCUUCUUUUCCUCACAAAAGUGAAUGACUUUAGUUUACUUUCUGAAGCAAAGACAGGCGUUUCAGCAAACACAUUGAAAAGAAACCAAAAAAAUGUCAAUAUGCAUUCACUCUUUUCGUUACAGUCUGAGUUAGAACUGCAAGCAGUAGCCAAGAACUGUAGGUCUGUGGGAAUUUUCUUGAAAUACUUUCUUUUUCUUUAUUGUUCUUCUCAUGCUCUCUUUGUAACCUGACCAAAUGUAGUGAUAGCAUAAGAAGCAACGAGCUUCCAAA